AUGUACCAAACAACAACCUACCAAGCAACUUGCUUGUUAUGUGCCCAAGACAAGGGUGGCAUCUAUGAGCUAACAGACUCAUGCAUGGAUGGCAAUCGAGAUAAUGCUAGCUCAACAACCAGUGCAGAUGUUAUUCACCGUGAGAUUGUCUAUGAUCUGGAGGGAUACUAUUAUGUCAUCCUUACCCUCGCUAUCAUGUUAGACAUACUGUACACAUUGAAGAGAGUUCCAAACCCUUAUAUGACAAGUGGCAUGGAGAUGUGGCUCUACUGGUGGCUUGAAAACACUAUUGAGAUGGAGAUUUGGUACAAAGUACUGAGAAAUGACACUUUCUUGCUACUGAUGCAGGGUUUUCUAUGGUGGAAGGGCUGUUGGAAAGAGCAUCAAGAUGUAGAACUCAAUCUCUUUUGCAAGAAUGCAAGGUUAUCCCAGCCAUCUCAUCAUAGGCCAACAAAGUCACAGGAGAAGGACAGCAGAUUGUAUAAAAGUGAUGACGGUGGAGGUCAAGCUUAA